AUGUCGUUGAAUCAACUAAGUCCAAUUGCUCAAGCGGAACUUGAGACUGGAACCACUACUCGGCCACCAAAGUUGAAAGGGGCUGAAGACUUUAGCACAUUGAAGACUCGCAUUCAAUCGUUCUUCGAGUACACGGACUACAAUCUGUGGCUCUCUGUCACCGCUGGACCCAACAUUCCAACGGUUGUUCGAGGAGAUGCGGUAGUUGCCAACAAUGAUGCAACUACCUUUACUGAUGAAGACAAGGCUCUAAUCCAACGUGAUCGUCGUGCUCAUGCUGCCUUAACCAUGGGAAAUGAAGAGUUGAUCGAAAGCAAGAGAGAUAUGGUGCAGAAACAAUAUGACAUGUUUUGUGGAGUUCGUGGAGAAUGUCUUUCCGAUCACAUCAGUCGCUUUCUGAAUAUGAUGACCAAAAUGAAGAAGGCGGGAAAUCCUGUCACAAAUCGUGCUGCAAUAAAUAAGCUGCUAGAUUCACUUCCCAAGGAAUGGAGCCUACAAUGCAUGAUGAUCAAGAAGGAUUUCCUCAACAAUCCAAAUCCUGUCACUCUGUCCGACCUGAUCAACACCCUAAGAGCCUUUGAAAUGGAUGUCAACAAAAGAGAGAUGAACACUGCUGGUUACCCACCAAAGUCAACUCAAACCACUGCUGGUUUAAAAAAUGUAGCAUUUCUUGCUUCAGGGGGCAUCACUCCACAAGCUUCUGACUUAAUCUACGCCAACGCUUCCGCAAGUGCAUCGAAAGCUCCACAACUUGUUGAGAAGACUAUCACUGUUGACACUCAAGCGUUGAAAGUGUCCACUGAAAACGUGGCACUUUUCAACACAUUUCUGAGCAGCUAUGAAGCCCUGAUGUCUGGAGAACUAAAGAAGGAGAUGUUCACUGCUGAAGACAUGUAUCAAGUUGAUCCAGGACAUGGAGGAAAUGGAUCUGAAAUGGCAAAUGGCCAUGAUCACCUUGAGCGUGAUUGUCCUCUGUUGAAAGAAGGAAACAGUGAAACCACUCCUGCUGUAAAGCAAAUCACAGUUGAAGAGAACAAGAAUAAUGUGUCUCCUAGCACGCCAAAAGCUUUAGUCGUCGAAGACUAUGAUUGGAGUGAAGAAAUUACUGAAGCAAAGGAGCAAGUCAACAAAGCUCUGAUGGCCAAGAUCUCAAGUGAAUCCUCAUCAAGGCAGUUUGAAAAGCAGACAGCCGGAAUUCUAAAAGGAGACAAUACUGCUGACAAAGGUUUGAAAAGCAUUCUGACUUCAGUGGAGCCUGAGAAUGAAAAGAAGUGUGGAGAAGCAGAGGAGCAUGUUUCGAAAGAGGCAUCCGAUCAAAAGAAAGUUGCUUGUGAAUCUCCUGUAUUUGUGCCAGAGUUGAAAAUGAAUAGUUUUGGAAAAUUCCUCACAGAGGAAAUUCCCGAAUUUAUUCCUUCUAGAACAGGUGUGACAGAUUCAGAAAAGAGUGUCACUAAAGAUCAUGGCAAUGAAGACUCAAGCAUCACUGCCUCAGAAGACGAGCAAGGAUCAGAAAGUUCAAGUGAAGAUCAAACAGCAAGUGAUGGAAGUCUAGAAUUCCCUAGUGAUGAAACGCAGCAAUCCUCAAGUGAAGAUCAACCCACCAAUGAUGAAAGCUUCGAAUGUUCAAGUUCUAAAACCAUUGAAGACCAAGACUCAGAAAGUUCAAACAAAGAUCAAAGCUACAAUGAGUCAAGUUACGAAGCAAGUGAAGAGCAAAGCUCAAGCGAGGACAACAUGUCUGAAAGCUCAUUCGAUUCAGACAGUGAUGAAGAAUACUCAGAAGAUGAAAGCAGAAAUAAACUCCAGAAAUGGCUUCGUAUGCUCAUGGAAUACAUCUGGCAUGUGGACAGCGGAUGUUCGAGACACAUGACUGGAUUGAAGGAACUUCUGAAGAACUUUCGCUUCAUCGAUGGUGAUUUCGUAUCUUUCGCUGGAGACGAGAAAGGAGGAAAAAUUGUUGGAGUAGGAGAUGUGGUGUCUGAAGCCCUCACCCUGGAGAAUGUCAACUAUGUUCCGGAGCUGUGCUAG